AUGAACACCACAUCACACGAAACGUUCUGCCACUUCACCCCGAUUCUCAAAUCUAUGAAAGAAGAUGAAGGAGGAGGAACGGAGUCCCCAAAACACCCCUUAAUGGUCACCUCGCCCCCCGCCACCCCUGCCAAGGUCACACGUAGGAGCAGUGAUCCCGGGGCGGCUGGGGAGGGGCGGAUUGCGAGGGCUAGGAGGGGUUCAGCUGGGAGGGAAAUUGACACCCCCACUGUUUUGCUGACACAGCCUACAGGGACUUCCUUGGAUAGGCAGCUGCAGAAGGUGGAUUCCUUGAAGGAGGAUGUUGAGGUGGCGUGGGUAUCGAGAGUAAAGGAACUGCAGCAAGAGUUAGCGGCAAGAGAUGCGACGAUAAAGCAGUUGACACACACCAUCUCCCUUCUGCAGUCCGGGGGCGUAGCAGGUCAGGUCACGGAGAGGGAAGGUCACGUGAGCCUGACCCGCAUUCAGACCAUCGUGAGGUCAUCUUCUGACACAAGUUCUGAAGGAGGCUCUGAUGAAGACGAGCCCUUGUUUAUGAGAUGCAAUUCUAUCGAGUCCAUCAUACACCAGUCUCCAGGUGGGUCCCCAGGAGGGCGCCACCCCGCGGUCACCAGCAGACACUCAUGGUCGCACCAGGUGACAGUGGAGCAGCAGCAGCAGCAGCAGACGCGGCAGGCGAGGGCGGUGCGGUCACUAGAGGAACCAAGAGGAGGAAGAGGAGGGGAGGUACGACUUCACGUGGGAUCCUCUACUGAUGAAGAUGUUUGUUCGUUCUCCUCUGAGGAUGACCACGCAGCCCUGGACGGCUCUGUGGGGCUGGAAGACGACCUUGACGAGUCCCUCUCUGACGACCUCUUCAACAUGGACGAGGAGGAGGAGGAGGAGGAGGAGGAAGAGGAGGAGGAGGCUGAGGAGGGCAGGGAUGCAGGAGAAGGAGAGCUAAGUUCGCAGGAUUGGGAGGUCCAGCUGCUGGCGAGGAAGCUGGCCGAGGAUCAGAGAGGCUUUGCGCGCCGUGUGGACAGGGAUAUUGCGGAGGGGCGUCUCAAGAGCACCCUGGUGGAUCUUCACGAGGCUCUAGCCACUGACAACCUCGGGCCGCUGACGGAGAGCGAUCUGCUGCGGCUGGAGAAGGUGGUGCUGAGAGAACGAGAAAAACUCAGGAGAUAUGCAAGUCUGUACAGCCUGGAGGACCGCCCGUUGUUGGAGGACCAGUUCUCGUCUUUGUACCGCAGUAGGUCACAAUUACUCCUCACCCGUAGCUCGGAACUGUGCCGGGCGGGGCCUAUUCAACGCCGCCUGUCCCAGCUACUCACCCAGCUGGCCAGAAUGCCUCCAGCAGAACAGUUCCUCCUGGACCGACUAGUGUACACAACUGACCGUCGACGAAGGCUAUCCCGACAGAGGUCCUUGUGUGACGACCAGCUUGCCUCCUUCGACGCCUCCUCCAGGGCAUCUUUAAGGCGUCCCCCAAGGUCCCUAGCCACGAGAAGGUCCAAGAGUGUUUGCUCCCCACCCCCACCCACCCCCGCGACCCCACAGCAAGCGGAGAAGAAGGAGGAGGAGGGAACCAGUGGGCAAUCACCUGUUUCUGUCAUGAUAGCAUCCCUACAUCGAUCAGUGGCAGCAAUACGCGGCAGGACCUCAGGGGUGAGUAGGGGGUCGCUCAAGGAAGGGGCGCCGCUUCUCAGGCCCUCCAGGUAACGCCCCCCCACCCCCCCACGCCCCCAACACAGCAACCCCCACAUGCUCCAUUAAACACAGCGUAACAAAUAUGUCUGUUAUUUUGUUUGUGUUUCGCCCUGUCACACCGUUAAGCGCCCUCACAUGCUACGACACACCCUGACGCACCCAAACACACCCUACUACACCCAAAUACACCCCUGACACACUCAAACACACUCUAAACACUCAAACACUCCCAAAACACACCGAAAAACACACCCAAACACACCCAAACUCACCCAAACACACUCAAACACACCCAAACACACCCAAACACUCCCAAAACACA